AUUGACGUCUAUCCGUCGUGCAAAGAGAAGCCGUGAGAGACCAACUCUUGACCACACGCUCCUAAUCUCAAGUGCUGAAUAUGUUUGACUAGCAUUAACACACUUCAAACUUGAUGAUUCAGUAUUGCUGCUGCUGCAACUAUAGCAUUGGGUGAGGCGGCAACACCUCAUUCCAGGUCACAAGAAUGCCAAGAAUAGCAGCAGUGAUACCGAGUUGAACGUCCUUGACCUACAGGUGAUAUUUGACAGACCAUUUCCUGACCAACCGUCAUUUCGAAUUUUAAACGUGUAUAAUAUAUUUGUGAUUUCAACGAAGUUGAACCUAUCGUCAAUCAGUAUCAGCAUGUCAAAACCUUGGUUUAGAAAGAAAAAAUCACCAGCAGACAAGACCUUUGAUGAGAUAAGCACAAUUGAUAACCUUCCCAAUUAUGGAUUUCAGUGUUUUAGGGCAUACUUCCCAGAAGAUUCUGCAGAUGUGGACAGGCUUCUCAAACACCUCCAAUAUGUGCUUAAGUUCAUUGGAAACCAUAAAUCUUUGUUUUCAAUCGAAGACAUAGUUAUUAACAAAUUUUUUACAAUUGAUAUCAAUAUUCUCCUAGAAGAUGAACAACUUUUAAUUGAUUGGCCUAACUUCAGUGAGGUUGUGAUCGAUAACUGUGAUUACUGUAUGAAAUGCCUUGGCCUGGCUAUGAAUCAAUUUAUUCUUGAUAGACAUGAAGAAAUACAUGCAGAUAAUUAUGUAAAAGUACCAAUCAUACAAGCUAGAAUCAUAAAUGUUGAACCACAUGUACAACUGAAAGACCUGAAAGUAAAUUAUUAUAGCAAACUUGUCACAGUGAAAGGAACAGUAAUAAAAGCUGGCCAAGUGAAGUUAGUUUGUCAGUAUUUAGCUUUCCAAUGUGCUUCAUGUGAGGGUACACAAAUGAUCACACAAAGUGACGGUGGGUAUACACUUCCUACAAAAUGUUUGACAAGAGGAUGUCACAGUCAAAAGAACUUUAUACCUCUGCAUAUCUCACCGUACAACAGGAUCAUUACUUGGCAGAGCAUAAAGAUACAGGAGUUAAUGGGUAAUGAACAGUGUGAUAGUGCUAGAAUUCCACGAUCAUUAGAUUGUGAGCUCACUGAAGAUUUAGUUAAAUGUUGUAUACCUGGAGAUGACGUAACACUAACAGGUAUUGUGAAGGUACGAGAUGCGAAUAGCAAUAAUGGGUGUAAUAAGCAGCACACCAUUUUCAACUUAUAUUUAGAAGCAAUCUCGAUCUGCAAUGAUAAGAAACAAUCUAGAAGGGAUGUUUCAUCGGAGGGAAUGACAUUCAAUGUCAGUGACUGCCAUUUAAUACAGGAAAUUCAUUCUCAUCCAAACCUGUUCAAAUUUUUGGUCCACUGUAUUUGUCCUAGCAUAUGUGGUCACGAGAUAGUGAAAGCAGGGCUUUUGUUGUCUCUUUUCGGUGGAACAAAAAGUGAAACGUUCAGAGGUGAAUCUCAUGUGUUGAUUGUUGGAGAUCCUGGUCUUGGAAAGAGUCAGAUGCUACAGGCAUGUGCAAAUGUGGCUCCCAGAGGUAUCUAUGUUUGUGGCAACACCAGUACUAGCUCUGGUUUGACAGUGAGUGUGACAAGAGAAGGAAACGAGUUUGCAAUGGAAGCUGGAGGUUUGAUGUUAGCAGAUCAAGGAUGUUGUUGUAUUGACGAGUUUGAUAAGAUGCCUUCACAACAUGCUGUAUCUAUGUUUGUGGCAACACCAGUACUAGCUCUGGUUUGACAGUGAGUGUGACAAGAGAAGGAAACGAGUUUGCAAUGGAAGCUGGAGCUUUGAUGUUAGCAGAUCAAGGAUGUUGUUGUAUUGACGAGUUUGAUAAGAUGCCUUCACAACAUGCUUGUCUACUCGAAGCUAUGGAGCAGCAAAGUAUUAGCGUCGCAAAAGCUGGGAUAGUUUGCAAUUUACCUACAAGAGCAUCGAUUUUAGCUGCUGCAAACCCCGCUGGCGGACAUUAUAAUAAAGCGAAAACUAUAGCAGAAAAUCUGAAAAUUAGUUCGCCUAUGCUUUCCCGUUUUGAUUUAAUAUUCAUCCUACUGGAUCAACCAAACGAGCAAAUGGAUUUGUUGUUAUCAAAACAUGUGCUUGGCCUACACAAAGCGGCUAGAAUCAAAACCAACGUUGAAGAAAAUACUUUCGAAGAAUCAGACAUGGAGCAGGAUUCCUUGAGAGAACGUUUGAGAAAUACGGGCGAGAUCAUAGAUUAUCUUCCACAUCCACUAUUCAGAAAAUAUAUAGCUUAUGCUCAAAAAUAUGUCAAACCUUAUCUGUCGGACGAAGCAAAGGAAAUUAUAAAAGAAUUUUAUUUAUCGUUGAGGAAACAAUUUAAAACAGGAGAUUGUACACCCAUCACUACUAGGCAGUUGAAUUCCUUGAUCAGACUAACCCAGGCCAGAGCAAAGGUUGAAUUAAGAGAGGAAGCUACUAAGGAUGACGCCAAAGAUGUGAUUGAAAUAAUGAAAUUCAGUUUAGUUGAUGUGUUUACUGAUAGUACCGGGAUCUUAGAUAAGUCUAGGUCUCAAAUUGGUACUGGCAUGAGUACUAAAAACCAGGUGGUGAGACUGCUCACCUCAAUACAAAGAAAAUCGGAUGCUGAAGCAAAAUCUGUCUUCAGAACUAAAGAGCUCAAAGAACUCAGCGAGCAGUUGGGCAUGGAUAACAAGAAGUUUUAUCAUGCUUUGCAAACUCUUAAUUUACAAGGAUACUUAUUAUAUAAGGGUCAGAAUCAAUAUCAACUUGUUACGGCCGGUGUUUAAUUUAUAAAUAUGAUAUCUUACUUAAA